GGAACGUGGUUGACAAUACUUUCAUUAUUUUUAUUCUGUGUGAAGAUUUUUUGUGGAUAUUGGUUUUUGUCCUAAACAAAAGCAAAAAUUUCACGAUAGAAGAGCAUUAUUUAGCUUCAAUUCCAUAGUAGAUCAUUUGUUGACUUCAAUAUGUAUCAAGGAGGUUUCUUUUCAUCCGCUUUCAACGUAGGAGCCGUAGGGCAGAGGCGUCAGAAUAAUGCUGCAAAAAAGAAACAAGGAAAUCAGAAGCCAAAUCCCCAGAAGCAGAUGAAGAAGAAACAGAAGCAAAAGCAAUACUUGGCUAAUAAACAAGUAAAAAUUCAAUUGAUGAGCCAGGCGCAACCAGUUAUACAGGGCGGUCAAAUUAAUCUUGCCGCAGCAGCGAAGAACUUCAUGAACCAGCAGCUUUUAAUGGUUGCCAAUCAGCAUAUACCUCCAAACAAGAUGACUUCACCCGUAGCAACAAUUCCAACACCCGUAAUAAAUAUAGCUCCAGCCCCUAUUCUACCUGUAACCUCUGGAAGUGUCCCUAAAACCAAUACUAGUCAAUUGCCAGCAAAUGUUAAACAACUUAUAGCAAAUGUUACGCAACCUACAGUGAAAGCGGCACAACCAACGAUAAAUGAUUCAAAACCAAUCUCAAUUUCCUCACAAUCUACAAACAUAAAGAAGCAUACAGCAGUAGCCACGCCUUCAGUUGCUCCGCCUACCAUCACAAAGGCGGAAGUACCAAUGGAAACGGAUAGUUCCAAUAAACUUAAAUCGGAAACAGGCGAUAGUUCGGAGGCAGCAAAUCGCGCGAAGCCAAAAUGGAUGAAAAAAUCAAAAUUGUCGAGGGUACAAAAAUUGAAAGCGACGAAUAUGAAUUUGAAGAGGAUCCUGCAGCCGAAAAACGCAGUCGUUGUGUUGAAUGAAAUGCUUGCGGAUUCCUCCAACUUGUCUAUGACUUUCACAACGGCAACACCAGAUUGUGCCAAGGCCACAAUAACUGUUGAUAAUAAUGUGUUUGAAGGUGUCGGUCAUAGUAAAGUGGCAGCACGAAAUGCCGCAGCGGAAGCUGCACUGAAGCACAUUAUCCUUAAGAAACUUUCUAAAGUUUUUAACAAAGCGCCGGAGACGGAGUCUGCUGAUGCUUCUAUGACGGAGAGCGAGGGUGGCGAGAAGAAGGUUGAAGAGGAUGGCGAGAUCUCGCUAGGACAUGUCGCAUGCUUUGCGAUGUUUAAAUUGUUCGAUGCCUGGUCAAAUGAUAACACUGCAACGCCCAGUGAGAAAAAUGCUGCUUUGGAACUGGUCACUACUCCGCCUCCUGAUAAAAUGAUUGGUGCUAAGAAGCUUCCAGAGAACCCGUCGAUGUUGCAUCCAUGUAUGUUGCUGCAUCAGAUGCAUCCAAAUGUGGUUUAUGAUCUGGUCUGUGUUACUGGCACAAGUCCGAAACUUUGCUUCACGAUGAAAUGUUCUGUAAAUGAAAAAUUUUACAUAGGAAAUGGACCCAACAAAAAGUCAGCCAAGAAGGAUGCAGCAACAACGGCUUGCAAAGAUCUGUUCAACGUUGUUUAUGAAAAUGAAUAAGAUUGAUAUUUUGGUGCACAAAUUCACUUUAGGAGAUUAUUUUUGUUUUCAUUAAUUAGAACACAAUCAUUUGAAGCGGUACUUUUAUUUAUAGAA